AUGGCGUCCGCUCUCGUCUGCUUCAACAAAUCAAACUUCAGCCUUUUCCCCAAGAGAUGGGCGUGUGGCAAGCCAUCGUCUUCUCUGAGAUCAGACUCCAUUUCACAGCCAUUCCUCAAUAAGUCAAAAGACACUGAGCCGGUGUACUGGCGUAACGUGGCCCACGACGAGCUACAGGAGACCCUGGGUCAGAGGAACCCUCUGGGCGUGGCCAAGAACGUGAUCCUCUUCCUCGGGGACGGCAUGGGCCCCACCACAGUCACGGCCGCCAGGAUUCUGGGCGGAACGUACAACGUAGACACACAGAUCACCGACUCUGCCGCCUCGGGCACAGCGUACCUGGCAGGGGUCAAGACAAACCAGGGCAUGCUAGGACUGAGCGCUCACGCCAAGCGGUCUGACUGCGAGUCUUCCCACGGACACGACGUCGACUCCAUUCUCAACUGGUCUUUGGACGCUGGCAAGUCGGGUGGCGUGGUAACGACCAUGAGGGUAACCCACGCCACGCCGGGUGCCCUCUAUGCUCACUGCCCGGAGAGAGACUGGGAGGCGGACUCCUACCUGCCUGAGAACUCCACCUGCUUGGAUAUCGCUGCACAGCUCGUCGAGAAAAACCCUAACAUCAGUGUAAUUCUAGGCGGCGGACGGAGGAACUUCUACCUGAGCACCCAGCCCGACCCUGAUCCCAGCUCAACUUCCACCGGGAAAAGGAACCAGAAGGAUCUCAUAGAGAUGUGGAAGGAUAAACAGGCGCAGGCUGGCUUGUCCCACAGUUUCGUCUACGACAAGAAAGGACUCGAUGCGGUGGAUCUCGAGGCAACUGACAGUUUACUGGGUCUGUUCGCUGAUUCCCACAUGGCUUACGAGAUGGACCGAGAUGUAGACAAAGAACCGUCCCUGGCUGAAAUGACGGAGACAGCUAUCCGGGUACUGCAGAAGAACGAGAAGGGAUUCUUUCUCCUGGUCGAAGGUGGCAAUAUCGACACAGCCCACCACGACUCGAAGGCCUCUAAGGCUCUCCACGAGGUGCUCGCCAUGGCUGACGCGGUGGAUGUGGCCACAGCACUGACCAACAAGGAGGACACUCUGAUCGUGGUCACUGCAGACCACUCGCACACCAUGAGCAUUGCUGGUUACGCACAACGAGGGACUUCUAUCCUGGGUGGCAUCAGCACCACAACAAACACGGACUAUCCCGAACUCCGCCCCCCGUCAUGA